AGAAUAAAAGACCAUGCCUUGAAUUCUCUCAGCUAAACAUAUUGCAUUCCAUCAAAGAUUUGUUUUCUCCCCAAAUGGACAUUGUUUUGAUGAUGUAUACAAGAAACAAUCCUUCCUGUGCUGAGCCACUGUUUGAGCAGAAUAACUCACUUAAUGUUAAUUUCAAUACAAGCAAGAAAACAGUCUGGAUUAUUCAUGGAUACAGACCAAUGGGCUCCACUCCUAAAUGGCUUCAGAACUUUCUAAAGGUUCUGUUGAAUCACGAGGAUCUGAAUGUAAUUGUAGUAGACUGGAACCGGGGUGCUACAACUUUUAUUUACAACAGAGCAGUUAAAAACAUCAGAAAAGUUGCUGCUACUUUGGGUACAUACAUUCAGAUUCUUUUGAACCAUGGAGCGACUCUUGAUAAUUUUCAUUUCAUAGGUAUGAGCUUAGGGGCUCAUGUUAGUGGAUUUGUUGGAAAGAUAUUUCAAGGUCAACUUGGAAGAAUUACAGGUCUUGACCCAGCUGGGCCAAAGUUCUCUGGACAGCCAUGUGAUCUCAGAUUAGAUUACACUGAUGCAAAGUUUGUGGAUGUCAUCCAUUCUGAUAUCAAUGGUUUAGGCAUUAAUGAACCUUUGGGACAUAUAGAUUUUUAUGCAAAUGGAGGAAAAAAGCAACCUGGCUGUCCCAAAUCCAUUUUUUCAGGCGUUGCAUUUAUUAAAUGCAGUCACCAGAGAGCCGUUUACUUGUUCAUGGCAUCUUUGGAAACAACCUGCAAUUUUAUUUCAUUUCCUUGUCCUUCAUACAAAGAUUUCCAUGCUGGUUCAUGUGUGGACUGUGACGACUUCAAGGAAAAAUCAUGUCCUAGGCUAGGUUAUCAAGCUGAGCUAUGGAAAGAUGUUUUAAAAGAAAGAAAAGAAAAAAGAUUUCUCAGGACCGCUGUGUUUUUGGAUACUACUGGCACAAAACCAUUCUGCAGCUAUUAUUUUGUUCUCGGUAUAACUGUUCUGGAUAACAAUAUGAAAAAUGGCUGUAUUACAUUUAAAUUAUUAAACCAGCUUGGAAUGGUUGAAGAGUCAAGGGUCUAUGAGAAGAACAGAUCAUUUUAUCAACUUCAAGAAGUCAAGAUUCUUGCUCAGUUUUCAAAUGAUGUUGUAAAUAUUUCAGGCAUUGGUUUGGGAUAUUUUCAGAGCUCAAAUUGGCAAUGUUUCCAAUGUAAUUACAACAUCCACCGUGUCAUGGUACAAUCACUUACCUAUCCAGAAAGACCACCACUUUGCAUAUAUAAUUUUGUUCUUAAAGGAAAUGAGGAAUUAUUUCUCAAUCCAAGCACAUGCACAUCAGGAUUUGGUUUGUGAUUAAAGAACUUGUAAAUGGGGACAAUGUAAUCAGCAUUUCUUUAUGAAGGCAUUGUUCAAUCUGGG